CCGGCGCAGAUCAUAACCCUCACGUGACCGUUGCCGUGGAAACUGCGCGGGCCCGCUUGAGUUCGCCCAAACACAACGCUCGACCCGCAUGACCAUUUUGAACUGCAAUCUAAUGCAAUCCACACGACAUUGAACCCCAGCCGCGGUUAAGACACCAAAUUGACGCGCUCGGAUCUGCCAUGAGUGCAUCGUGCCCUUAACGACAAUAAGACUUACGACAACAUCAAAGGCAUCACGCGCAACGACGACAACAAUAACAACAAGAACAACAAAGCGCUUCCCUUCGCCGCCAUGGCACGAGCAGCCGUCCUCCCUCCCUCCCCUGCCAAGCGGGGAACGCGCACGGCACCUCGAUCGACCCUGACCAAGACCACUGCCAGCUCCCAAGCCAAAGUCGUGACCGAACCUAAGAGGAGAGGCGUGACUAAGACGACGACGGCCAGGAAAAACACGAUGGCGACCGUCGACGUUGAUUCAGAUGAUACCGAGGAUGAGCUUGGCAUGAUGAUGAAGAGCCAGGAAGAGAAGCCUGCACGAGCUCGUGGGCGACCCGCAGCUCGCUCUGCGACAAAAGCUUCGACAGCAGCAUCAAGAACAACGACCACCACCACUACCCGUGCUAAGAAAGCGACCCCUGUGCCAGCUUUGCCAGAGUCCCCCGCCGACACCGAUGAAGGAGAUGAUGAAGCCUCGAAGACAGAAACAGGAAGGAAACGGGUUGGUAGACCGAGGAAGAACGCAGUACCAGAGACGUCCACCGCCGCCAAAACAGAGACAGCACCAAAGCCUCGAGGCCGACCAAAGGGUUCAACAUCGUCAAAGACCACUGCCACUACUCGGAAGAAUACUCGGACCGUACCAGAGCCUGAGACGAGCAGUGAGAAUGCUCUCACCAGGCAUAUCCGCAUUGCGACGAAAUCUACAACCAUACGUUCAAACAUCCUCCGUGGCCCCGCCAAGAAGAAAACAGUGACAUUCCAAGAGCCAUCCGUCUCAGACACCGAUGAAUUGGAAGAAAUUGCUGCUUCUGCUGCUGGGCAGAAGAGGGUUCCUGCAAAGGAUGCUGGCAAAGCUGGCUUGGGAGCGACACCGAUGCGCAAGGCCACUGGUACAACUGCGCGUGGACGAAAGCCCGCUGUAGCCAAAACGAGCGCAGCCAAACCUCUGUCUCCUAAGAAGGACAAACAGGUUGCCAAGUCGCUUUCCGCUUACGCUAGCUCUGACGGCGAAGAAGAUGAAUUGAUUUCAGCCAAGUACGAUGUCAAGAGUCCCGUGAAAUUGGUCAUUCACUCCCCAGUAAAGACUGGCACCGAAGUCACAGGAUUGAGCUCGCCUGUGCGCAGGAUCAACUUUACUCCCAAGAAAGCGUCAAAUCUAAUUGAUGAGAAUGGGGAACCCAAACCCGCUACACCCAAGAACGGAUCAUCUGCCACCGGGUUAAGCUCGCCUGUAAGAAAAAUCAAUUUUACCCCCAACUGCAGCUCAAACGCUGUGCCCGACAGCGGCCAUUUGGCUUUGCCCCUUGGCAAGUCAGUAAACUUCAGUGAAUCGACCUUUAUGUCCAGUCCUGCCAGACGACUGGAAGCUUCUCCAUUCCAGUUUUCCCUUCGGGACACACCGAAUCGGGGGCUCCUUUUCCGAGAAGACGCCAAUGCUGCCGCUGAGUCGAACAUUGGCCAAGGGCCACAAUCGCCGCUGAAGAUGUCGCCAAAAAAGGCUAAUUUGGGUGCUUCUUUCUCUCAAUCGCCGGAGAAGGCCUUGGUACCGUUCUCGGCCAAGACAUCACUAAUCCAAAGCCCACCAAAGAGGAUCCCGUCUCCUUUCAAGGGCUCAUUCUUCUCGUCCAAGAGUUCCAAUCCUGUCAUAUCAACUGUCGACGGCGAUGACACUACAACUGUCCUUCCAACCCCUGAAACACAGCAGCAAACUCCCCUCGUCCUAGGCCCGGACCACCAGGAUCUGGUCGUGGAUGACGACAUCGGAAUGGUCGAGGAAGUAGCUCGUGAUAUUUUCGGUAUUGAACUGCAAUGUUACGGUAGGAGCUCGUCUAUUGCACCCUCACCGCAAGAGCCCUUUGCCGUCGAAGAAGCCUUGGAGCUUGAGCCAGCGGAGAAUGCCUUUGAUGAGCCUGAAACUGUCGAGAAUUGUUCCGAGGAUAUCGAUACCGACGAGAAACUUCAAGAGUUGGAAGAAGAGAUCCGCCGCGAACCCGAGGACUUUGGGACAAUUUGCUUCAAUACCAUGGAAGAACUCCAGAAGCCGUUCCAGAAUCUGCCCGAGGUCCAAAACCUGCCCGAGCAGCAUGUCGUGGAACAGAAUCUCAUCCUGGAUGAUAUUGAUGAUCCGAUGGAGACGGAUAUGGAGGAAGAUAUGGAGGAGGGCGAGGGCGAGGCCGAGGCCGAAGAAUCAAGUGCCGCCCAGGAAGUUGCCUUUGAAGACGAGCAGCCAAUGCACACACUGGGUGAAGAAUCAGAGCAGCUUUUACCUUCACCUUCGGAACCAACUCUUGGACUGGAUGCUUUCGAAGGUGCACAAUCCCGAACGCCCCCACCGCAAAGCCUCGAAGAGUACCUUGAUCUCGCUCGCCAGGCACCGGAUGACACUGAAGAACACAGAGCGGAAGUGGAUGAGAGCGAACAUGGUCGCCCGCAUAAUGACGAACUUGAUAUCGCGCAAGAUGAAGCCACCGUCAAUGCCUCAUCUUCUCCGGAAACUCCGCGCAGUGCCCACCAUGCUGAAGCAAUUGACAGCCCGCAGCAGUCGGCACAAUCGAUUCCCUCUCUGGCCUCCACUCCUCUUGCCCGUGAAAUGAGCAUCGCGUCUCCCUACGAGCGAGACAGCGCCAAGUCAAAGGACUGGCUGUUUGAUAUCAAUACUGACCCGCGCAUGUCAGCUGAGGGUAGCUUUUUGGAUACCACCCAGACCGAAAUUCCUUCCCCGACAAGUCAUGCCAUCUGCGACACGCCAAACUUUGCUGGGAAGCGAAAGUCGAUUGCCAAUGUCGACAUCGGGUUUACACCUUUGGCAAGUAAAUUCGAUAGCUGGGAAAGCAAUACUCCCUCUCAAGGCAGACAAACCCGACCUCGUCGACGAGGCGUCUUCUCUCUUGCUGGGCCUCUGGAGAAGUCCACGGAACAUGCUGCACCAGCACAAGAAGAUGUCUCUUAUCCUGAUCUUUCACGCUCUCCACUUGCAGACACGCCAGCCACGCCAGCCUCAUUUUCAAAAUUGUCCCUUCAGGCUAAGAGUGAUGAUGCUAGCAUACCCCCUCAGUCUCCUCAAACUCCUGAAUCUGCGGCACCGCAGCAGGCGCAUGCUAUGGUCUACUCACCAAUCCGACUGGAUAUUUUUGAAGACCCUGAGCUUUCCGACGCCGAGGACAUGGCGCCGGAGCCAAAGCAGCCUAACGCGGAUAUGAAUGCCUCCGUAUCCACUGAAGAUCAGGUUGACGGUUCUCUUCCCGAUGACGAUAACGAUGACAAAGAGAAUUGUCACUCUCCUGUUAUACUACCUGCCACUCCGGUCAGGAGAGGAGUCGACCACCUUCGAACGGUGCACACUGUUUCAAAGGUGCCUUUGAAGUGUGAAGGCGAGGUAUCUCCUCUGAAGUUGCCCCGCAAGCGUGGCCAUUCCCUUGAAAGCAGGUCUCCCACUCGCGCAUCGCCCCGCAUGCGCAAGCCCGUCAUCUUCCUGGGCAGUGAGACCGUACCAACAUUUUCCCCGCACAAGGCACCGCGAUCUUCGAGGAGCCCGAGCCCAAAGCGUCGCUGCAGCACUCCCCGGCGGUCUAUCGGGACACAGCCUGACAUUCAAGUACCCCAGUCUCCAUCUGUGGCUUCCAGCGCCGGCAAAAUCCCUCGUAGGAAGAGCAUUGUCAGUCAGCAGGCACUUCGGGGUGCUGUUGUCUAUGUGGAUGUCCAUACGACGGAAGGUGAAGAUGCAUCUGGUAUCUUUGUUGAGCUUUUGCAGCAAAUGGGUGCUCGUUGCUUCAGGUCGUGGUCAUGGAACCCUCGCUCCAGCAUGUCUCCGGUUGAUGGCGUUGAUCCCAAGGAAUCGAAAGUAGGAAUCACUCACGUCGUGUACAAGGAUGGUGGCCUCCGUACCCUGGAAAAGGUCAAGCAUGCUGGUGGUUUGGUGAAAUGUGUUGGAGUUGGUUGGGUUCUUGAUUGCGAGAGAGAAAACAAAUGGCUCGACGAGAACCCGUAUAUGGUCGACAGCUCCAUCAUUCCCCGUGGCGGCGCUAAGCGACGCAAGAGCAUGGAGCCGCGCGCUUUGAGCAAUGUGAAUGGCACUCUUGUGCGCAUUCCUGAGCCAUCCACCCCCUCUGCCAGCGGACGCCGUUGCGGUGCUGACCGGGGCGCGGUGGAGGGAUUCAGAAAAAUCACGCCCCCAACCCCCCUAGCCGGAAUUCCAUCCACUCCUGUUCAGCAAUCUGAUCGCUAUCAUGUUCCUGGCACUCCGGGAUACAAUUUCGACAGCCUAGACGCCAUUGGCAUGUCCCCCGCUACUCCCUACUUCCUUUCCAAUCGUGCCAAGUUGGUCCAGAAGUCUUGCCCACCUAAGCAGAGCAACCGUGGUCUGUUCGAAGGGGCCGAUAGACCUAUCUUCAGUCUUGAACAAGACGAUGAAGCAGAGACGAGGCGUCAACAGCGGGCUCGUAUGGAAGCUGCGCGACGCAAGAGUCAUUUCUACAAGCCUUCGGUUGAAAGCCCGCUUGGAAACGGACUUUGACCUGUGUGAUACCUUUUUGUUAAAUACAUUUUUUCCCUGUCCACUGUAAAUAUGGGGACUUUUGGAGUUUCAUUUGGUCUGGUGUUAUCAUCACUGGGAUUGCCGGGAAUCGUACUUGAAAAUUUCAUGAACACAAAUCAAUUAUUCCCCGAAAAACUUCUUUUGUCAUUAAGAUAGGAUGUCAAUGUUUCGUCCUAGUAGAUACCUGAUUUCUUUCAGUCCUACAAUCAUAUUCGACUCUCAUAUAUAACCGAAAUUAGCCCAAACCGAUGCCACUCAUCCGUUCGUGGCAUCGCCUCAUGCCUCUGACUCCUCGCGGUAGAAUCCAGCCACGAGGAACGCAAGCUCAAGAGCCUGCUUUUCAUUGAGUCGGGGGUCACAGAAAGUGGUGUACCGCUCCCCGAGUCCAUCCUCAGUCAGACCAGCUGCACCACCAACACACUCCGUUACAGCCUCGCCAGUCAGUUCGAGGUGCAUACCACCCAGGAAAGAUCCAGCCUGGCGGUGAAUCUCAAGAGCCUGCUUCAACUCCGAAAGGAUAUCAGUGAAAUGCCGUGUCUUCACACCUGAAGGUGUGGCUCGCCCGUUGCCGUGCAUGGGGUCGCACUGCCACACGGGGAUAUGGCCGGAAGCCUGGACGGCAGCGAUAUGGCCGGGGAGGAACUGGGCGAUCUUUGACGCGCCGUAACGCGAGAUCAAAGUGACCUUGCCAAUUUCCUUGCUGGGGUUCACGACAUCCAACAAGCGGACGAGCUCAUCCGCGGCCAUAGUAGGUCCGAUUUUAAUGCCGAUCGGGUUGGAAAUUCCCCGGAAGAACUCAACGUGGGCGCCAUCCAGUUGUCGUGUCCGGUCACCAAUCCAGAGGAAGUGUGCAGAGGUGGCGUACCACGAGGGCGCAGAUUCGGUUGCCGCACCAAAGCCAGACUGGACGGGCUGUUUCAACUUUUGGGUCAAAGUCGACUCGUACUCUAGCGAGAGACCCUCGUGACUGGUAUAUAUAUCUGCAGUCUCAACACCGCGAUCUUUGUCAAUUCCUACUGUGCGCAUGAAUCGCAAAGCAUCUUGGACAGAGUUGACUAUCUUCGAGUACUGGUCUUUAAUUGAGGGUUCGAUAACGUGGCCGAGACCCCAGUCCAUGGGGGAAUGUAGAUCUGCGAGACCUGAGGAGAGAGAUGCACGCAUGUAGUUUAGUGUUGCGGCUGAGUGAAAGUAAGCCGACACUAGACGUGAUGGAUCUGGCUUUCGGGAUUCGGCAGUGGCUGCGAAGCCGUUGAUGUUGUCGCCCCGGAAGGAGGGCAUCUCAACUCCAUUGACUGUUUCAGUGGGACUGGAUCGUGGC